AGUUUUGUCUGAGCUCUCGCUAACAACGUUUGUUAUGGUGGGAAUUUUACGUGUUUUCGGUAAUUGAAUCGUUAGUUAUAUCGUGAGUGAAUAUAAUUUCUUUUAGUUUUUUUUUUGUAUUUCUUUGACUAGACGGACUGACAUAACAACAACUGACAGCCAAACUACAAUAAGAUUCGUUUAACCAAAAUAAUAAUAAUAAUAAAAGUCAAACGGAAAGACAGACAUUUACACCAACUCAUGAUAACAGCAGAAGUAAAAAAAUAAUAUGAGAAAAAAAAAUAAAUAAAUAUUACGAAAAUAAAAAUAAAAAAGAAAUAAUCGCCUUCGAUACGAUAUAAUAAAAUUUGAUUCGAUUCAAUACAUUUUAAACGUCAACGAUGUCAGUGUCAUAAUUUUCUUUUGUUUUUGUUUGUGAAUUUCUUUAUUAUUGUUGUUUUUUCAUAACAAUUUAAUUUGUUUUUAUACAAUAUAAGAAAAAUCUUUAAUUCAAGUGCAUGUAAAAGUGAUUAUUUGAUUAGUGUUAUUGUUUAUGUAAAAAAUUUUAUAAACAUAAUUAAAAAAUAUAUUAAAAAAAAGAAACACAAUCAAUUAAAAAAAUUAUAUAUUAAUCAUUUGUUAUUGUGCAAAUAAUGUCUGUUAAUCAUCCUGAUUAUCCUCAACAACUAAACAGCAACAACUUUAUCAACAUUAUCAACAACAUUUAUUUAACACAACAACAAUAAUAACAUCAUCAUUAGUAUUAUAACUUCAUUAAUCACUUUGGAAGAGCGGAAUUCAUUAAUAAAACAAAAAAAAACAUCUCAAAGAAAGAAAUUUAAACACUGACUUUUAAGUAAAACACCUCUAUAAAUAAUACAAGGACUUUGGUGUGAAAUUCCACCACUGGUACUUAAGUUCUAACAACAACCAAACCUAUAAUUCCCAUUUGAAAUACUUAAAAACAAAAUUCUAACAAAAUGGUAGAUUAUUACAAAGUUCUAGAGGUACCACGUCAAGCCACAGAAGGAGAAAUUAAAAAAGCUUACAGAAAAUUGGCAUUAAAGUGGCAUCCGGAUAAAAAUCCAGAUAAUUUAGAUGAGGCCAACAAACGUUUUCGUGAAUUAUCCGAAGCCUAUGAAGUGUUAUCAGACGAACGCAAACGAAAAAUAUACGAUUCUCGCUCGACUUUACAUAAAAGCAGCUACAGUAAUUCAUCAUCUUACUCGUCGACUAAUGGUUAUGGUGGCACAAAUGGUUAUGGUAGUGGUUAUCGCUAUCGUACCACAGGUGCCAAAGACUACGAUGAUUAUAUACCCAGUUAUGGUUCAUCAAAGCGUGGCAAUCGCUAUCAAACAUUCACCUUUAGAAAUCUCUUCGAAUCUACACCAUUCCACAAACUGUUUGAGAAAAAACGUCGUGUAUAUGAUCAAUAUGGCAAAGAAGGUUUAUUGGGAGAUCGUGGACACCAUCGUUCAUCUCGACAUCAUACACAUGAUUUCGAUGAUUUCGACAUAAUGGGUGGUUUUCCAUUCGUGUUCCGGCCGCCAGAAGAAGUUUUUCGUGAAUUUUUCGGUGGAAACUCACCGUUUGCUGAUUUAUUUAGAGAAGUCCACUACAGUUCACAGCAAGGUAGCCGGCGUGCAAAUGGUUCUUCUUCAGGCAGUCGAAGCCAUCAUCAUCAUCAUCCUGGAGCUAAUGCAAAAUUGACUUCACCCUUUGCUUCCCCCAUGCUCAAUUAUUCUAUGAUGGACUUUUUAAUGCCCAGCAAUGGUUUUACCUCAUUCUCAUCCUACAGCAGUAUGUCGAAUGGUAGUGGACGCACCAAUGGUGCAGGCACAAAUGGAGCUGUUAAACGUACUUCAACAUCGACAACAUUUGUUAAUGGCAAAAAAUUAAUGACAAAGAGAGUCUAUGAAAAUGGCAAAGAAACGGUAUUUUCAUAUGAAAAUGAUGUCCUGAAAUCAAAGACUGUGAAUGGAGUUGCCCAAAAACUCUCUUCAAUUACCAAUUAAAAUACAAAAUAUAAAAAAAUCAAAUAAGAAAACAAAAAAGUCAUUUCUACUAGAUACAAACUGAAGACCAAGAUGUUCUCCUCUUUACACGUUUUAGCAAAAUAAAGGAAAACAAAUUUUGAAAAAAAUAUUAACUGCUACAACAAAACUCCUCAAUUAAGCACACAAAAUUUUUUAAUUUUUAUUUCCAUUUUAUUUUUAUUAUUAUAUUUUGCUUAAACUUUAAAAUUAAUUAAUUGUCUUAGUAUUUAGUUUAAAUUUAUACAAAAAUUAAAAAAAAAAAACACAGAAAUACAGCAAAGAGAUUUCGUUAAAACUAUGAAUAUAAUUCCUUUGUUCUAAUAAAAUUCAAAAAAAAGAAAAA